AUGUCGUCCCCAUCGCAUCCUGGUGUUCUUCACGAAUUUGCUCCAAGGCUUGUAGCCUUUGAGUUCAAAGCGCCCGAAAAGCCAAACAAGCCAAACAGCUUGAUCUUCGUGGGCGGGUUGACCGAUGGAUUUUGCACCGUCCCCUACGUAACUCCCUUGGCUAAAACUCUCGAGCCAACUGACUGGUCCGUUUUCUCGAUUCUGCUUUCUUCCUCCUACAAUGGCUUCGGAGUCAGCAGUCUUGACCUCGAUGUAGAGGAGAUCGCGCAAUGUGUGCAAUUUAUUCGCAACCUGAAGGGUGAAUCUGGAAAGGUUGUUCUCAUGGGCCAUUCUACCGGCAGUCAAGAUGUUCUGCACUAUCUCCACUCGCCCAACCCACUUCCCAAGGACUCUGACUUUGACAUCGGUCUGAAGUACCUAACCCGCCCGAUGCUUGAUGGUGCCAUCAUGCAAGCGCCUGUUUCGGACCGGGAGGCUAUCAAGCAUCACAUCAAGAUUUCCGAUCAGCCAAGCGAAGCACAGGGCGCUUACCAGCAGCUCGUGAGCGCUGCUGAGAGACAGCCCUGGACCGAUGAUAAGAUUGACUCGAUCCUUCCAAUGAAUCUGACUGGACUGCUGGGAUUACCGGGCAAUGCGCCUCUGAGUGCCCGCCGAUUCCUAAGCCUGGUUAGCCCAGACAGUCCUGAGAACCCAGCAGCGGACGACCUUUUCAGCUCUGACCUGACUGACAAGCGUCAUCAGGAGACAUUUGGACAGAUUGGUUCUCGACGUGUUCUAAGCGCUAAGUCGAAAUUCUUGGUUUUGUACUCGGGCAGUGACGAGUAUUGCCCCCCGUGGGUCGAUAAAGAGGCUUUGUUGCGGAAGUGGCAACAAGCGACUGAGGCUGGGGGUACUUCUUGGGACACGCAGAACGGUGGGAUCGUUCCUGGUGCCUGCCACAAUGUCAGUGGCGAUGGUCAAGAGGACCUCAUUAGCCGAGUGGCGCGGUACCUGCAGAGCAUCUGA